GCGGGUGAUACGGGACUUCGGGGUUUGCGGCCUAUGAGGGUGGAGAACGGGACGGACGGCCGCUGUCCUGUUUGCGAACCUGGCCGCCACGCAACAGCCUUGUGAUGCACCUCACAGGCCUCGCCUCCCCCCCCAUGGACCGGGGGGGUCAUCCCGGUCCCCACCGGAGGGAAUCAUCGCCCUACAGAGCCCAGCACCGAACCUACCUGGAGGCGCGCACCACGAGCCGGGCCUCUAAAAUGGCGGCACUGCAAUCUGCACUACACCACAAACCUUGCAUGCCUGCAGACGAAAACAACCCGCCGAACCAUACCCUUACUAAAUAA